AUAUGUACACGUGUAUAUCAGCUGUUCGGAACAAUUAUCUGUGCAUUAUUGUAUGUAUCGCAUGCUAAAAGCCUGGCGUGGACUUCGUUUAUUGGUUGAUUAAUAGAUCUCUCAUUUUAUUUUGAAGAGCCAUAACUGGCUCAUCGAUUUUCUUAUGACUUCAAAGAGCGGAUUUCAGACGGUGGAUCUAUCAAAUAGUGACCCGAAAGAGUCGGAUUUGAAUCAGAAAAUAGAGAGGCCAAUCGGUAGUCGUCAAAACGAACGUAUUUUUUUAGCACGAAACAAGGAAGAAGAAGGCGGCGAUAUGCCCCAGCCGGGAGAAUCAACGGGCAAGCUCUUGCUUUGUUUUCUUGGUGUAUUUGUAUGCUACUUCUACUUUGGAAUUCUUCAAGAAAAGAUAACAAAGGGCUCCUAUGGCGAAGAUGAAAAAUUCAACUACUUCUUAUGUCUUCUUUUCUUGCCAUGUGUUUUCAAUGCCGUCUAUGCUAAAGCAGUUCUUUACUUCACAAGUGAAGGGUCCGAUCCCACAUCACACAACCUGUAUGCAGCCUGUUCUGUGACCUACCUUGGGGCCAUGGUAGCCAGUAAUAUGGCCCUUCGUUACGUCAGCUAUCCAUUCCAGGUCCUAGGAAAAUCAUGUAAACCAAUUCCAGUCAUGAUUCUGGGUGUGCUUCUUGCCAGAAAAUCCUACCCAUGGAUGAAAUACCUUUGUGUACUCCUGAUAGUCUGUGGUGUUGCAACAUUUGUCUACAAAGAUAAGGGCACCAGCAAAAACAGUGACCACUUCUUGGGUAUUGGAGAAAUUCUAGUGAUGGUGUCUUUAACAUUUGAUGGACUGACAGGAGCUAUUCAAGAGAAAAUGAGAGGAAGGUUUAAAACUCAGUCACAUCACAUGAUGUUUAGUAUGAAUGCAUGGUCAAUUUUAUACCUUGGCAUAGCUAUCUUUGUAACAGGAGAAGUAUUUGAAUUUAUACCAUUUGUGCUACGUCACCCUUCAGUGCUGCCUAAUAUUGUUCUUUUUGGAUUAGCUAGUGCCAUAGGUCAGCAUUUUAUAUUUAUGACGGUGGCCACCUAUGGCCCUCUCACCUGCUCCAUCAUCACAACAACAAGAAAGUUUUUCACCAUCCUCGGCUCUGUCAUCUUCUUUUCCAACCCAAUGUCCUCCAGACAGUGGAUAGGUGUAGCCCUAGUAUUCACCGGCCUUGGUCUCGACAGUAUCUUCGGCAAGAGCAGAGCCAAACCAAAGAAUUGAAGUGACUCGUCGCGAUAUCUUGUGAAAAAAAUGUUACGUACAUUUUCACGAGCUUCACUUUGAUUGCAAAGUAUGGUGUUCCCUUGAAGAUAGCAAGAUCAAAGAACAGCGAUGCAUGAAUUGUGAUUGUGAAGCAGGGAUUCAUGAAUGUGCAUGAGAUUGCUAAGAACUGUAUCAUGUAUAACCACCUUUGUGAAUUCAGGACUGUAUCUCUAAAUUCAAAAAUUUUGAGUAGAGCUCAGAAAAAACACUAUUCAAGAGUUAUGACAAAAGUGUCAACUUCUUUUGCCUAGAAAUAGUUCUCUACAUGAAGGAGGACGUUUUCAGACAGUAUGAGGUUGCCGCCAUAGCUGUAAUUCUAAAAUACAGCCUUUUCUAAGCUUUCCUUAUAUAUAUUUUUUUUAAUUUUGGGAUACAAGGCUUUAAGAUCCCACUGACAAUGUGGGAUAGGCUGAGGUAUACGCAUGGGAAAGAUAAUUUAGGGUUUUGAAUAAACGCAUCAAAUAUCAGAGUCUUACACCGAAAAUGUAAGACUUGCAUGUCUGUGACCAUAUCAAAGAUAUUGUCAUCAGACAUAGUCAAUAGGUGACAUAGAUUUAUCUCGAUAGACCUUAUGCAUGUGACGUCAUGCAGCCUGAAAAACCAAAACGCACCCUCAGAGGACAAGCAAGGUUUUUAGAGGAUGUUCAUUCAUACACGAUUUGUGUAAUUUCGAUCAUGUUAACACUUGGGCAAUCUCAUGUAAAGGGUGCGUCGCCAAGGUCACUGUUGGUCCUGUAAUGUGGUGUCGUGAUUGUUUAUUAAGCUGCUGAUGAUGUCAGUGCAUAUGGUCACAUGACACAAUCGAUAGUAAUUUACUGUACAAUUGAAUUGAAUGUUUGAUUGCACAUAAAGAUCAGUGUUACGGCCACUGGGGAGUAUUCCGUGGAAUAUUUAUUCUGUUUCUUGUACCAACAACUGUUACAAGCUGCAGAAAUCCUUUCAUCUGAUUGGCUGAAAGCAAGUGAAGUAUUGAAAAUAACCGACAAGGUGCUUCUUGAAAUACGCCCUUGGAACCUGUCUUUCCAAACUGUCUUUUGAUGAGAUAAUCAAUCCAUAGAAAAUUUUAUUACGGAAUGUUCAAGCCUAUGUUAUGUCUGAUUUUUGUCUCACCUGCAUAGCAGAGUGAGACUAUAGGCGCCGCUUUUCCGACGGCGACGGCGGCGACGGCGGCGUCAACAUCAAAUCUUAACCUGAGGUUAAGUUUUUGAAAUGACAGCAUAACUUAGAAAGUAUAUGGACCUAGUUCAUGAAACUUGGCCAUAAGGUUAAUCAAGUAUUACUGAACAUCCUGCCUGAGUUUCAUGUCACAUGACCAAGGUCAAAGGUCAUUUAGGGUCAAUGAACUUAGACCAUGUUGGGGGAAUCAACAUCAAAAUCUUAACCUAAGGUUAAGUUUUUGAAAUGUCAUCAUAACUUAGAAAAUAUAUGGACCUAGUUCAUGAAACUUAUACAUAAGGUUAAUCAAGUAUCACUGAACAUCCUGCAUGAGUUUCACAUCACAUGACCAAGGUCAAAGGUCAUUUAGGGUCAAUGAACUUUGGCCGAAUUGGGGGUAUCUGUUGAAUUACCAUCAUAACUUUGAAAGUUUAUGGAUCUGAUUCAUGAAACUUGGACAUAAUAGUAAUCAAGUAUUACUGAACAUCCUGUGCAAGUUUCAGGUCACAUGAUCAAGGUCAAAGGUCAUUUAGGGUCAAUGAACUUUGGCCAAAUUGGGGUAUUUGUUGAAUUACAGCCAUAAAUUUGAAAGUGUGUUGGUCUAGUUCAUAAAACUUGGACAUAAUAGUAAUCAAGUAUCACUGAACAUCCUGUGCGAGUUUCAGGUCACAUGAUCAAGUUCAAAGGUCAUGUAAGGUCAAAGAACUUUGGCCACGUUGGGGGUAUUUGUUGAAUUGCCAUCAUAUCUCUAUAAGUGUAUUGGUCUAGUUCAUAAAACGUGGAAAUAAGAGUAACCAAGUAUCACUGAACAUCUUGUGCGAGUUAUAGUAGUUUUCAAAAUCAGCACUGCUGCUAUAUUGAAUCGCGUGAUGCAGGUGAGACGGCCAGAGGCAUUCCACUUGUUGUAAAAAGUGCCCCUGUCAUCUUAGAUAAGGCCAAAAUUGUAUGAGUGGAAUACUGAAUAUAUUUAUUUUAUGGAGCUAUUUGUACAUAUACUUUUAUAUUCACAUUAGCAUAAAAAUGAUUGCCUUUUACUUGUCUUGUGAAACUUGUUCAAAUAUACCUCAACGGGGCCAGUAAAUGAUAAUGAUAAUACUGUAAAUUCGUAGAGUGCACACACUGUCAGAGAAUGCUCACGGUGCUAGACUGCUAGCCCAGCAUCAGUUCUCUAGUCUAUACAUAAACAAACUAGUUUGAAACUACAAAUUCCAAACAUAAACCUUAAAUUAUGUGAUGCAAAAGGUAAAAAUAUUAGCGGGUAUAUAAUUUUUAAUCAGUCACUGGAAUUUAUAGCUACAUUCUGAUGGGGCCUGAUGCCCAUUCACCAACAGUGUCAGGGUCAAGCCUGGUCAGCUCACUUCUCAAAGGAGCUCUGGCAAAUAAGGACACCCGUUCCCUAACCAAUGUUGGAUCAUGGUGGUAGAAAGAAAUCUCCAUGGUUGAAUCAUGCCAAAAUAAUGAUAUUUCUCCCUUGUAAAGAAAAAAAACCUGCACUUUUAUUUCAUAUCGUUAAAUGUUACAGACCGGGGUCACAGAGGUCAAUUAAAUUAUUAUAUGAAAAUGUCUCAUUCUUACAAUUAACAUAGCAACAUUUGAUGGACCAACUUCAAACUUAGCUCAAAUUCAUAUAUGGGAAUGUGACCUUGAUCUGAUUUGAUCCGGAUAUCAGAAUUAAACUUGAUUUAUUAAUGAUUAGGGAGAGACAAUCUGGGUGGAUUGUUUUUUUCUUCUAAUGUUAAAAAUGGACAGUGCAAUAUAUUUCACAAGGCCUCUGGGAAUGGCAGAUGUGAAAUAAAAUGCGCAGUCACAAAUUCAUCUCGUUUCUUAAUUCUUCAUGCCCCCGCCCGCCUAAGGUGGUUGGUGAAGGCAUUAUUUAUUAUUCGGUAUUUAUCUAUUUCUUUUUUACUAUCUAUUACCUUGUAUUUUAUGCAUGUACAUAUAUGUUCAAAUAUACUGAGACUCUUGGAAAUACACUGAGCCUCGUUUGAGUCAGAUUAUUAUUAUUUUUUUUUUGUACAUGAUUUUAGUGUAAUUUCCAUUGAAAUUCAAGAGGGGAAGAUUCUUGAAUUGUGAAUUAUAUUCACUUAAUAAAAGUUUGCUGGACAUUUCAACAAUAUAAAGGGCACUUGCACCACUCUGGAUUUUUUUUUCUUAACAUGUUUGAUGCAUGUAACGCAAUGGUAUCUGUAGAAUAGUUUUAAAGUGAACGUGGAGUUACAUCUGGGGGGUCAUGUUAGCCUAAAAUUAAAAUGAGAGAUUCAUUAAUCCAUCUAUAAUGGUUCAUGGCGAUUGAACAAAAUAUGAUUUAAUAUGGUUGUGUGUGAAAAUCUAUUUUUGGAUAAUAAUUGACAAAACCAGUCACACCAUUUUCAAUUUUCUGAGAAAUGGACAUUUAUGGAAUUUAUACUUCAUAAGAGUGGACUGCUCACAUGUGCCGUCACAAAUUCAAAGAUUUUGAAAAUUCAUUACUUUGCCAUUCAUCCAUCAAAAUAUUGCCAGACCUUUUGAUGUUUUCUCCCAUUUUUCUGUUCUUAUUAAAACCAACUUUGAUUGGAGUUAUGUCAACUUCCCCUUUUAUGAACUCUAGAUGUGAUAUGGCUGGAUGAUAUGACACGGUGUACUCAGGAACAUACUGCAAUUUAAAAUAUGUAUUGAAACAUCCAAGAAUCUAUUCUGAUCCAUAAUCAAUUUCAAAUCUAUGACAAGCCAUGUAAUGAGUCACAAUGUGUGCAUUUUAUAAUACAUGCGCAAAAGGUGUGCCCUUGUUGAUUAGUGCACUUAAAAAUUCAAUUUGUUUUAUUUCAUUUUCAACAGAACAAAGUAAAGUGGACGUAUAUAAUUAAAAUGACAAACUUAUUCACUCAUUCUUGUUAAACCAGAGAGAUUGGUCGACCACAGCAUACUCAAUAUCAUUCAUUAUCAGUGUUUCUCUUCUAAAGUGAUUAAAAAUCUCACUUAAACUCUCCAGUUUUCCUUGAAUUGGUUCUACUGAUUAAUCUUUAUUCAAUUCCCUGUGCUUGGGAUUCAUUUUUCAGUUAAAUACUUCUUUACAUUUUUCAAUUUCAUUCGCAGCUGGUGCUGUCUUGUAUGUCUUAUGGAGCGUUGCAAGUCAAUUUUUGUUCCCAAAAUCAGUUAUUAUAGUUAUGAUAACCUUUCAAUUCAUUGCAAAUUAACACUAAAUCAUUAGUCUAUAUUUUGAAACAAGGAGUUCAAAUUGGUGUGCUUUUGUUAAAAUUGAUUUAUCGUUUGUUAGAUUGAUUGCCAAUAUUUUCUUGCAACACCCCCCAUCAGAAAAAAUGGUAAACCAACAAGCCUCAAAGUGAUUGUAAGACACAUUUAUUCUUUUUAAAUGUCACACAACACUAGUUUGGUCAAUGUGGGAGAAACCAAAAAUCUUAUGAAUUUUAAUCUGAAGAAUACAUGUCUGUUGGAUAAUUUUGUUGAUGAAAUUCAUCGCACUGUUUGUUAAUGAGAAAGAACUCAAUAAGAUUCCCAGGAUGUCCCACAAGAAGUUGAAUGAAUAUUAGAGCAUUGCUGUAACAACUUUCGAAUCAUGUGCCAGAUGCAAAUUGUACAAUUGCCCUGGAUAUUGCAAUUUAUUAUUAUAUUUUUUUCAUCUGUCAUAUAUAUACAUGCAUUUGUAUUAUUUAUGGUGUGUCCUACACUGCAUUUUAAUGGUAUGCAUUAAGCAUUUAUGUUGUUAUUCAAGAAUUGUUUUUACAAUAUGAUAGUCUUUACUUAAGAAAGUACUAUCUGAUUGAGUUUUUGUUAUGAAAUAACCAAGAUCAUUGACUAUAAUCAAUCCUAUAAGCAGUGGCAAAUCUAGGAUUUUGAAAUAGAUGGACACAGAUGAAAAUAUUCCUAGAUUUAGCGAUAUUAGUUUGUUGUGUUAAUGUGUUUACAAUGGGCAAUUCUCAAAAUAUAGCAGGUGCAUGCACCCACUGUGCUCCCCACCUAGAUCCGCCAUCGCCGUUAUGUCUGUAAGGUUGGCAAUCAAAGCAAAAUGUUAUGUUAUUGUGCCCAGUCGGUGUUUCAUAAAGCUGUCUGUAAGUUAAGAGCGACUUUAAGAACAACUGGUGAUCCUUUCUUGUGGCAAAUAGUAUAUUCAUUCAUUGGUGAUGGUUUAGCACGUAAGACAGGUUCACCAGUUGUUCUUUAAGUCGCUCUGAACUUACAAACUGCUUUAUGAAACGGCCCCCUGUUUUAAUAAUAACAAUAACUGUAGUAGGUUCCCGAAGGGGCCACUUCCAUUGACGAGUGGAUACCAUGCACGACCAUGGGGUCUUGAAAAGCACCCUAAAUACGUAUUUUCCAUAUUCUGAAAAUGCACCCCUUAACAAGUAUAGGCGUGUGAAACCCUACCCUUAACAAGUAUUGGAAACAAAUACUAUUGGCAAGUAUUCCCAGAAUUGAGCCCCUAACCAAGUACAGCGAUGUAUUUUCCAUAUUCUGAAAAUGCACCCCUUAACAAGUAUUGGAAACAAAACGAUACUCUUGGCAAGUAUUCCCUGAAAUGAACCCCUAAACAAGUACAUCAAUAUUUUAUUGUUAUGUCACGGGUCCGUCGGUCGUGGGUUUUACCUUUACACACCAUUUGGUUUAGUACGGCCCCACCUUCCACACCUCGCACAAAUCGGACUCUAAACACGUAAUGUUGGGGCAAAAAGAACAUCCUUUAUAAAACAUUUUGAUUUUGUUUUAUCAUCCCUGCAAAUUUGACCCUAAACACGUAUAUUUUUCCGAGCGAAAUAGAUACACCUUUUUCAAUAUUUUUGUGUUUUUGACACCCUUAUCACGUUACGUACGUGCCCUAUCUUGAAAAAGACACCCUUUUUUACAUGUUUUUUUGGUCGUGCAUGGUAUCUACUCGUCAAUGUAAGUGCCCCCCCCCCCCCCCGGAGUAGGUUCUUAUAGUGCAUAUGAGUGACACUCAUGGUGCUCCACCCCAAACUGGAUGUAGCAAAGCUGCCAAUAGGGCACUUGGCAUCUCAAGGAAUAAUUCAAUGCAAUGGUGUCUUCAAUUGUAAAUUAAUUUUAAUGACAAUCACAGUGAAAUUGGAAACCUAGAAAUUAUGUUGUUACAUGAAAAUUCGGGGGUUUUCUUGUAAAGAUAUUUAUGAAUCUCAACAUUUGCAUUGCACACAGGAUUAAAAAGGGAAAAAGUAGGGACAAGAGAAAAUUGUUAAUGUGGACAAUUUGAAAAUAAAAAGUGAUGAAAAGGGCUUCAAAAGAUUUAACAUUACCAAAUGUUAACUAGACAUUUUAAUGUACAAUAGAUUUAGAAUGACAUAAAAGCACUUAAUAAAUUAUUUACCAGUCAUUCUUACCAUGACAUUGGAAAA